UUGAGGUUACUGGGCUCUCCGAUUCCUCUUGACAAACAUCCUGGCGGUCUCCUACCUGGAAAACAUGGUACUUACACCUACGAGUACCAGGACGAGUUGAGCAAAAUUACAUUUCUCGUGGCGACGCUGAUGCCGAACUCGGAGAGCGAUCCUAACUGUCAUAUGAAAAAGAAGUUGAUCGGCAACAAUUUUGUGUCGGUUGUAUUCAACGAAAGUGGUGCGCCGUUCAAGCUCGGAUUUGUGUGUGGACAGUUUGCUCAUGUGGCAAUUGAGGUGCAGUUUAAUACUUUUACAUCACCAACUAAACGAUUGAGUCCUUAUUCUGUCGGAACCAGUGGUGUUCAACAGACCUUGGAGUGUUUCACGCUAUAG